AUGACUGAUGCUGCAGUGGUGUGUAGAGAACUGGACUGUGGAGAACCUGUAGAGGCUCUGGGUGAUAAUAAGGCUCAUUUCGGAGAAGGAUCAGGACAAAUCUGGAUGAAUGAUGUGGACUGUAGUGGAUCAGAGUCAACACUGAAGAACUGUAGGUCAGGAGGAUGGGGUGUUAAUAACUGUGGUCAUGGUGAAGAUGCUGGAGUCAGAUGCUCUGGAGUCAGGUUGGUUGGAGGUUCUCGCUGCUCUGGGAGGUUACAGAUACUUCAUGAUCAGACGUGGAUGUCAGUGUGUGACGCUGCCUUUGACCAGCAGGAUGCAGAGGUUGUGUGUAGAGAGCUGGACUGUGGGGCUCCUGUACAGGUGCUGGGAGCAGCUGCUUUUGACAAAGGAGACAAUCAGAUGUGGACACAAGAGAUUCAGUGCAGAGGAAAUGAAUCAUUCAUUCGAUUGUGUCCAACUUCACAUGACAUACAGUGCUCUCAAGAAAACAGUGUGGGACUGAUAUGUUCUGAGACUGUUAGGUUGGUUGGUGGUAACAGUCCCUGCAGUGGUAGAGUGGAGGUUCUUCAUAGAGGUCAGUGGGGAACAGUGUGUGAUAAUGGCUGGGAUAUGACUGAUGCUGCAGUGGUGUGUAGAGAACUGGACUGUGGGGAGGCUGUAGAGGCUCUGGGUGAUGAUGAGGCUCACUUUGGACCAGGAUCAGGACCAAUCUGGAUGGAUAAAGUAGCCUGUAGUGAAUCAGAGUCAACACUAAAGGGCUGCAGAUCAAAAGGAUGGGGUGAACAUAACUGUGGUCAUGGUGAAGAUGCUGGAGUCAGGUGCUCAGAUCAUAAACAGUCUAGGCUUGUUGAUGGGUCUCACCUGUGCUCUGGGAGAUUAGAGUUGUUUCAUGGGAACACAUGGCACACAGUGUGUGACGCUGCCUUUGACCAGCAGGAUGCAGAGGUUGUGUGUAGAGAGCUGGACUGUGGGGCUCCUGUACAGGUGCUGGGAGCAGCUGCUUUUGGGAAAGGAGAUGCUCAGAUGUGCAUCAUGAAUUAA